CAACCAUCCGUGUCAAUUUGUUUAAAAACCACCAACAUGUUCAAAUCUAAAAGUAAAACGUGUCAUGAAGUGCGAAACACAUAAAAUUUCACCAAUCACGAAAAGGACAUUUUUUCUCCCCUCAUUUAAGAUAUGCAACAACCCUGCAUAGACAAGCUUUCAAAACUCAUGGAGAUCACGUGUUGGGUCAGCCCAUGAUAUAUACAUAUAAAUAUAUAUAACAGAAUCUAUUUGUACAAAGACAAAGUGUUGUUCAUGGUGUGGACCACCUGUUAAUGCCGUGCGACGUGGUGGGAAAAGGACAAAUCGUACUCUGUGUGGGCCUUUUCAAAGAACAAGCAUUUUAAACAUGAUUUUGACAUCUAUGAAAAAUUGAAACAAGGAAACAGUUUGUAUUUAAUACGCAAAGGAAUAUUAGAAUUUUAAAAAUGACAGCCAAAGAGAAGAGGGAUGCAGGAAUUGUGGAAUUUGAAACGGAUUCUGAAAUUUCGAAGAGGAAACUUUCUGUGAAAAACGUAGUUAAGGCAAUCCUAGUCCGCUUGAUAUUGAUAACUCAUAGCUUCGUGACGAUUUGGCGAACAGCAGACGUCUUGGCUAACAACUAUUACUGGUUCCUGGCCCUCACUAAUGUCCUUCUGGUCAUUGACGGACUCUAUACCGUUAUCAGGCUUAAGGGACAGGAACGAAAAUGGUUUUGUCCGUGCUUCCUGUUCUUUCUCUGCUGUACUGUUCCUGCUAUAUGGCUGCUGGAGAUUGAUCGUAUAAACAAAUAUGACGAACUUGUCAACAACGCUAAUAUCACCGAAGAAGUUGAGGAGCUAUCUGCAAUCCAGGGGGUUACCAUCCCUAUCAAGCUGGACCCAGACACAUGGAGAGAGGUUCUAGAACAGUCUAUGCUGUUUCUCUUCAUUAUAGGAAGAUGGCUGCUUCCCAGGGGGCAUUUAACACGUGACCAACUCUCACAACUUCUGUUUGUAUAUAUCGGAUCGGCAUCUGACGUCAUGGAACUCUUCGUAAUUUUCGACGAACCGGUGAUUCGCUCUGACACAGUUCUUACAUAUGUUAUAUUUUCCGUUUGGACGUUAAGUCUGUUUCAGUUUACACUAGUCUUGACUGCUACUCGAGACAACAGCCGCUUACAAGCUGUUACUGAGGAUGAUGAAAAUGAGACGUUUAAAAAGCGACAAGGAUGUGGACUGUGUUCAUGUGGAAAGAUUUUCGAAUUAGAAAUAUGGAGUUUAAUGAUUUCAAUCUUGCUCAUGGACGGACCAUUUUUGGCCGUGAGGGCAUAUGCUUUAGUAAGGUAUCAAUUGAUUACUUUCGGUAUACUGUUUUUUGUUUGUAAAAACUUGCUUAUGAUUGCUCUGUUGUUCUAUCGUAUCGUUGUUGUUUGUCACAAAAUUUAUCGUGACGGUGAAGAGAAUGGGAAAGUUGACAACGACUUCAGAAAAAGUAACCGUGUGGCCGACAUACAGAAUGGUGGGAGAGAAACUAUCUUAAAAAAAGAAUCCAAUCUGUCUACGCGACCAAAUACGUCAUCAACUAAGACAACCAAACUUGAUGAUGAAUCUAGAAUUGACUUUAUAGAUGACGUAAAAAUGAUGUGAAAUCAGCUGAUUGUACAACUGCGAGACAUUGUAUUAUUAAGAGCCACGGUCAUUGAUUCUUCUUUCCACAUGCUAGUACAUUGUACAUGCAGCUGCUUUGACAGUAAUUGAAAGUAAUUUAUUCCCAUCUGAAAUACAAUGUACACUGUAAUUUAAAGGAUACCCUUGGAUAAAGAGCUAGGUACGUUAGGGAGCAAAAUCGACCCUGUCUACAAAUUGUUUAUGCGAAUCGAAGGUAAGAGUAAUGCAGGAACUCCUUAUUCCUACAGACCUGCAUUCAAAAUAUCUUUACUUGUUGUCAUAUACAUAUAAUGAAAAGAAUAUGUUGCUGUAAGCAAUUUAAAAACAGGUUUUAGCUUUAUGAAUAGUUCUUUUUAGAUGCUGGUAUAUGUAUUUGGUUGUGUAACAGGCACGUAGCAUUGGUGGUUUUUUCCUUCAAUUUCUAAACGCGAGGGGGGGGGGGGGGGGGGGGGGGGGGGGCAGUCGGAGAAGAAAUUUACUUUACACUUGACAAGCAAAAUUGAAUUUUUAAAUAAUACCAUAUAGAGCUUUUGCUCAAAUUUCAAAAUCCUGCAUCACUGGGGUUGGAGUUCGUCCUUCACAGCACAGUUGAAUGUAAAAAUAACAGAAAUUGAAGGUUGUCAAAUAAUUGGGCCCGGGGGGAGGGGGUGUGCUCCUCCCACUAGUUCUACGUGCUUGUGUAAUAUUCAUGAUUUUAAAAAAAGUAUUUACUCAUAGUAUACUGGUAUUUGCUAAUCCUCCAUACUACAUGAAUUAAAACAACAUUUCCUGUUGUACAAGUAAUACCAAACAACAUCAGUUCUUUUUUUUCCAAUUCAAAAUUUAUUUCAAAAUAGUAUCUUCAAUACAGUAUUAAGCUUUAUUUUCUGCAACCUGACUAUAUCAGUUUUGGUGAUAUGAGACAAUAUGCACAUUUCCGAUUCCAUAUAUCUUGUAUCACAAAAAGUGAGAAAUCAAUGUAUCUAAAAUAAAGAGUGUAUUCGAUG